GUCUUCCUCCUUGCUUCCUCCCUCUCUUGCCUCUCAUCCACCAUCUCUAUGCACCCGUCGCUCUGCGCCGCCGCAACGACAUUGACCACAUUGCUACCGGUGUAGCGCAUACCACCGCCUUCUCCGGCAUUGGCGCUCGACCCUCGAUAUGGCCCCUCGAACCACUCACUUCGACGAGGACCCGCCAACCGUCAUGAACCAAGCCGAUCUGGACGCCGCCAACGAAAAGCUGCAUCAGACGGCCGACGGAGAGCGUUCCUCCAAGGAGGCAUCCGACCACGAUGGCGCCGAUGGCGAGAAAGCCGAGCUGGACCGUCUGGGCACCUACGACAAAUACGAAAUCACCGAGGAGGACUGCUAUGACGAGUUGGGAUUCGGCUUCUCCAAGGGAAAGAAAUGGUACAUCAUCUCGGUCAUCUUCAUCGUGCAGGUCUCGAUGAACUUCAACACAUCCCUCUACUCCAACGCCAUCCCCGGCAUCAGCGAGGAAUUCGGCGUCAGUGCUCAAGCCGCCCGCUGCGGAGCCAUGAUCUUCCUGGUGACAUACGCCUUUGGAUGCGAGCUGUGGGCUCCGUGGUCUGAAGAGUUUGGUCGCUGGCCCAUCUUGCAGCUGUCGCUGCUCUUUGUCAACAUCUUCCAGCUCCCAGUCGCGCUCGCACCCAACUUCGCUUCCAUCAUGGUGGGCCGUGCCUUGGGUGGUCUCUCCACUGCCGGCGGCUCAGUCACUCUCGGCAUGAUUGCGGACAUGUGGGAAUCCGACAAUCAACAGUACGCCGUCGCGUUUGUUGUCUUCUCCUCGGUCGGAGGCUCCAUCCUGGGUCCCAUCGUCGGAGGUUUCAGCGAAGCGUAUCUCGGCUGGCGCUGGUCCAUCUGGAUCCAGCUCAUCUUCGGCGGCUUCGUCCAGAUCCUGCACUUCUGCACUGUCCCGGAGACGAGAAGCACGCGCAUGAUGAACAACAUUGCAAAGAAGCGACGCAAGGCUACCGGUGCCAACGUCUGGGGACCGGACGAACUUGUUCCGCCGAGUCAGCGCCUGAGCGCCAAGGAGAUCAUGGUCACUUGGAUUCGACCAUUCAAGAUGUUCUUGACCGAACCCAUCGUGCUGGUUCUGUCGCUGCUAUCCGGUUUCUCCGAUGCCCUCAUUUUCAUGUUCAUUCAGUCGUUUGCCCUGGUAUACAAGCAGUGGGGGUUUUCGACCGUUCAGAUCGGGCUGGCUUUCAUUCCCAUCGGCGUGGGCUAUCUCAUCGCCUGGCUCGCUUUCAUCCCUGCAAUCCGCCGCAACGUUCGUGAGCGCGAGGCCAAGCCUGAUGAUGAGAAGGCGCAGUAUGAAUCACGACUCUGGUUUCUCCUUUAUACCGCGCCGUGUCUGCCGAUUGGACUCUUCGGCUUCGCUUGGACGAUUCAAGGACCUCCAAUUCACUGGAUUGGCUCCAUGAUCUUCGCCGCCAUUGUCGGUAUUGCCAACUACGCGAUUUACAUGGCCACCAUCGAUUACAUGAUCUGUGCAUACGGACCGUAUUCGGCCUCGGCCACCGGAGGAAACGGAUGGGCUCGCGACUUUCUGGCAGGUGUUCUGACCGUGCCCGCAACGCCAUUCUUCUCGAACAUCGGCGCCGACACUGGAAUGAACCUCGAAUACGCCUCGACCAUUCUGGCAUGUAUUUCGACCGUCCUCGUGGUAGCCGUAUAUGCCGUCUACUACUGGGGGCCAACUCUGCGCAAGAAUUCAAAAUUUGCGCAGGCGUUGGCCAAGGACAAGGAUGAUAACGGCGGAAGGCGAGGCAGCGCGUUGCCGUACGGGUCGCGUCAAGGAAGCAUAGUUAGUCAGACAGCCAUGCGUCCAGGUCCAGGACAGAGGACUCGCAGUCAACAGCAGCGCUUUUUCGGGGAGAGGCGUUCAAAUCCCAAUAGCAGGUCCAACAGCGUAGUGAGGUGA